GGGACCGCCUUGGGGAGAAAGAUCUGCGGAAGGGCGGGUGGGACCGGAGGCCGGAACCUUCCUUCCGUGGGGAUCCGGAGAGAAGCUGACCGGAGGAGGGCGGGGAGAAGGCGCCGCUUUGUUUCCGAGGGGACGAUCUUCCGAGACGGACGCGGGAGGCGGCGAAUCCUGUUUAUCUAUGAAAUGCAGUUAACACAUCAGCUGGACCUAUUUCCGGAAUGCAGGGUGACCCUUCUGUUAUUUAAAGAUGUAAAAAAUGCUGGAGACUUGAGAAAAAAGGCCAUGGAAGGUGCUAUUGAUAGUUCAUUGAUAAACCCUACAGUGAUUGUCGAUCCAUUUCAGAUACUUGUGGCAGCAAACAAAGCAGUUCAUCUCUACAAACUAGGAAAAAUGAAGACGAGAACUCUAUCUACUGAAAUUAUUUUCAACCUGUCCCCAAAUAACAAUAUUUCAGAGGCUUUGAAAAAAUUCGGUAUCUCAGCAAAUGACACUUCAGUUCUAAUUGUUUACAUUGAAGAUGGAGAAAAACAAAUAGAUAAAGAAGACCUAAUAGCUAAGGUAGAAGGUCAGCAAGUUUCCCUGAAAAAUCUUCCUGAAAUAACAAAUAUUACAGAAGUCAAAAAGGGGAGGGUACACGGACGCCUAGCUCUCUCUGCUGGACUUCGAGGCUCAGACCCACCAGUCCCCAUGGCUCCUUAUCAAAUCCGCAAAUACCAGGAGAGCGACCGCCCAUGGGUCUUGGACUUGUUCGCCCGGGGCAUGGCUGAGCACGCCCCCACCACCUUCCGCCACAUCCUGAAGCUGCCACGAACUCUUGUGCUCUUGCUUGGGGGGCCCCUCGCCCUGUUUGUGGUCUCUGGGUCCUGGCUCCUGGCCCUCAUGGCCGGCCUCACCCUCCUGGCUGCCCUGAGGUUCCUGGCCAAAUACCCCUGGACCCAGUAUGUGUCCAACUGUUUGCGCACAGACAUGCGUGACAUCAGCAAAACCUACUUGAGUGAGCCAGGCUCCUGCUUCUGGGUGGCUGAGUGUGAGGGGCGGGUGGUGGGCACGGUGGGAGCUCUGCCCGUUGGGGAGCCCACCCUGGGGAAGGAGCAGGUGGAGCUGUUUCACUUAAGCGUGGCCUGGGAGCACCGGGGCCAGGGGAUAGCGAAAGCCCUGGUCAGGACCGUCCUGCAGUUUGCACGGGACCAGGGCUACCGUGAGGUUGUCCUCAGCACCAGCAUGCUGCAGUACUCCGCCCUGGCCCUCUACCAGCGCUUCGGCUUCCGCAAGACCGGCCAGUAUUUCCCCUCCAUGAUUAACAGGCUAUCUGCUAUUCAUGUAGUUCAUUUAACCUACCGGCUCCCCUCUGCUCAUGCGUCUCAGGCGCCAGGGCAGAUGCAGGGCCUGUGAUCUGUGUCCUUGUGGAUUAGUCAGGACAGGACAGGCUCUGCCGCAGUAACAAGCUCACCCGAGUCUCCUGUGACAGCACAGUAAAGCUUCUGUUUGUGAACAUCUGAGCCCCACGGGAUGGUGGGGUUCUGCUCCAUUUAGUCUUUUUCAGAUGCCUCUGUUCCAUUUAUCUACUGACACAAGACUAUUGCAUAAAGUCAAUCACAAAAGAAUAAUAAACAUUUCCUUAGCUGAA